AUAUGGCGUAGUCGGUACCUUCAAGCAAGCAAUGUUACCUUUCUUUAGAAUUGAUGUUGAGAAUCUUGAGACAGUAUGACGAAGUAGAUAUUUGUGGACUUGAUACUAAUUGAAAAACGAGAAAUAUUCUCGAGGCCUUUUGUCGUUGCGAGGGAAGACAAUGCUAAAGAGCGUCAAACUGUUCGAUUAUCGCAAUAACAAAGUUCGUUUGCUUGUGGGUCCUUGUGAAAUUGAGCAGCUUUGAAGCAUUUUACAAGUCAUUCAAGCAAGAAGACGAACUCGCAGGAUUUAUACUUUGCACCAUCAGCUUCAGCAAGGUAAAUAACAUUAUCAAGAUGCUAGAUUAAAGUCAAAGCUGCUCUAUAGCGCGAUGACGUGAUUCUGAAUGCGAGCGUCAGUGAUGAGGCAUAUUACCGCAUCUGGUCAGGUAAAAUCGAUUUUUUUGCAAUUCGAACGCUUUUUUUAAGUUGUUCGACAGCUUAAUGUUAAUUUCAAGUGUCACAUGCAUUUUUCUCCUCUAUGCAGUUAAGAGUGCAAGAUCCAGCUUUUCCUGCAAAGGUUCUAAUGCUCCGGUAAUGGCCACAACACUCCCACACAACCAGUUAGACACACGUAUAGUUGGUGUAACUUACCAGCAUUUGAAGAACACGAUAGUGCAAUCAGCGCUUUAAUAUGUUCAGGAUUGUCAUUUACACCAGCAUCUGACUGCACAGCUUCGUACGAUUUGAUCUCUUCAUCACACUAAAUUAAAACAUCAUAGUCAGGUAUCUUCGCGUCAUUAGCUUCUACUUCUAAUAACUAAAUAGUGUCCCCCU